AUGUGUUUACCAACGAUGACCAGGCUGCUUUUGACCACCAUAGUGUUGCAUGUCGUCUGCCAGCCUGUACUUCGCGCUCAGCAAGUUGCUGAAGAAGAGGAAGAGGUUGUAAAAGUUAGAGGCAUCCACGACAUAGACUUAGAUACCUGGCAACAAUCGUACACGGAAAAUCAAAAAUUGCUAGUACUGUUGUACACACUGGACAACUGUGAGCGAUGUCCUGCAGCCCUGGAAACGCUGACCCAAGUUCAAGAACAGGAACUACCUAAAGGUCUAACGAUCGCCAAGUCUGCAAGCCCCGAACUUGUUACCAAAAUUGGAGCAGAACAGUUGCCUACUCUGGUCUAUCUCAGGGACAAGAGUUACGUCAUCUAUGAUGGAAACUUUGCUACCACAGACAUUGCUCAGUGGAUCCUGACGGCAUCUAAAACUAUCAUCCGAAGACUAGACGACAAUUCUUUUGAAGACAUUAUCCCCACGGCUCCUGGAGUCGGUGUUGAAGACUGGUUGCUUGUUUUUUAUCGAGAACCUUGCAAAAAUGCGCUAACCGCCGUGGAAUCUUUUGGAGUGAAAGCUUACGGGAGAAUCAAGAUAGCCAAAAUCGUCGGUCCUGAGAACCCAAGGCUAACACUCCGCUUCAAUGUGGCCAACUGUCCGGAGAUUAUCCUCAUUAAACAAGGCAAAGUCUACAAGUACCCUUCAGAGAAGGUGGAUAUGGCAUCUCUGCAGGAUUUCGUGGACAACUCAUACAGCAAGUUGAAAGAAGAGACAAUAGCAGAUGACACUACGGAUGACAAUGACUUCCUGGACUCUGUCUUGACCGACUUCAUCAAGAUUCACCUACGGGGAGACAAUCAGCCUAUUGUUGUUGCCAGUCUAUGCGCUGUAGUUGCCAGUUUGGUGUUCAUCUUUUUCUGCUGCUGCCGUCCAAAGACCAGUCGUCGCCCAAAGAAGGCCAAGAAAGAAUAA